AAACCCGGAAGCGGAAGCAGCGCGUCUGUUUGCGGCGUCACAGUGGAUUUGCAGCAGCUCGCUUUCCGCAGUGAAAAGGAGAUUAAAAAGAGCGUUAGAAACGUGUCAUUCGGCGCACACGCAGUGGACAAAAACGUGUUUAAUAAAGAACCACGUGGAAGAGACGUGUGCUUUUUAGUUUGUUCUGAAAUAAUCCGGGUUAGUUUUAGCAUUGCUAACUGUUUAGCGAGCAGAUUGUAAACAUGGCGCUGACAGCGGUGAUCCUGUUUAACCUGAUCACGUGGCCGCUCCUCGUCUCCUGCUGGACUGACGAAGCCGUGUUACUCCGUGAUGUCCAGGUUCUGACCCUGUACAGGGGUCGCUACACGACCGCCCGCCGCUCCAGUCCUGUCCCCCAGCUGCAGUGUGUUGGAGGAUCCGCGGGCUGCACCGCUUUUGUCCCUGAAGUGGUUCAGUGCCAGAAUAAGGGCUGGGACGGAGUGGACAUCCAGUGGGAGUGCAAGGCUGACAUGGAUAACUGGUACCGUUUUGGAAAGGUGGAGGUUUCCUGUGAAGGCUACAACAACCCUGGUGACUCCUAUAUCCUGCGAGGCUCUUGCGGUCUUGAGUACGCGCUGGAGCUCACCGCUGAGGGGCGGCAGAACCGGGGCGGGUCGCCAUUCUCUGGCUCCUGGUUCUCCAAGGAGAAGCAGAAGCAUGGAAGCGGCGAGGGUUUAGGCGAUUUAAACAGCCUGGUGAUCGUUGGCGCCAUCCUGCUGCUUGGAUUUGCCGUUUAUAAGUUGUUCUUGUGCGACCUCAAUCGUGGUUCCAAUGGAGACGGGUUCCGAGGAAACCAAGGGCCUGGUGGAGCCAACAAUGGUAACAUGGGUCCACCUCCACCUGGGUUCAAAUCUGAGUAUACAGAUCCUCCUCCUGCUUACGACUAUUCGGAUUCGUACAGUGAACCUCGCGCUGCCGGCUGUGGAGGAGGUGGAUUUGGAGGAGUUGGGGGUGGAUUUGGAGGAGUUGGGGGUGGACUCGGAGGACUUGGGGGUGGACUCGGAGGACUUGGGGGUGGAGUAAGGGGCAGAAACCGAGGUGGAAACGGUUUCUGGUCUGGAAUGGGAACAGGAGGGCUGCUGGGAUACCUGUUUGGCUCUCAGAGUGGUGGUGGUAGGCGUGUUCCUCAUGUGAGCCCUUUCACGUCACCGCAUUACAACAGCAGCUCCAACAGCAGCUCCAACAGCAGCUCCAACAGCAGCUCUGGGAGUCGCACUGCUUCAGGUUUUGGUGGAACGAAGAGAAGAUAAGCGGCGCUGGAUACGACCAGGGCGACUGACGACGUCCUGAACGAACGUUAACCAGUAAAACCAGUAGCUUUAGCUUCGGUGGGUUUUAUUUCCAGCUUUUCUAUGAGUAAGGAGCUCCUGAUCUAUCUGAUCUAUCUGAUCUAUCAUUUCUGAGUGAAUAUAUUGAAUGUGUGAUUUAAUGAUCUUGAGUUCCUGAUGUAAACAAUUUUUCACAAGAAGCUUUUAUUAUUAUCAGUCCUGCAGGAUUCCAAACACACACUGAGAUAUACAUUUGUUUGAACAAUAAAAAAAUAGUUGGGGGGGGGGGGUAUAUAUAAAUAUAGUAUGUAUAGGUAUAGUGUGGUGAAGCUGCUUAUUAAUUUUCAGCACCAGGUUUAUUAAUCUUACAGUGGCUUCUUUCUGUACUUAAACACCAGAUCUUUUUUCCUCUGUUCAUGCAAAAAUAAAAUUAUUUUUAUAGAAA